GGCCGUAGCGUGAAUCGUGUAGAUAGACACUGCCUCUAGCUGCUACGUUCACACUCACGUUCAAAUCACAGGAUUUCAAAUAAUAAUAACAAUAAUUAUUAUUAUUUUUGUUUGUCACUUUAGGUUAUAAUGACGUGUUUGUAAAUUAAUCAUUUUUAUUUACGAUAAUAAAUAUAAAUUAUUUAUAAAUAAUAAUUAUAUUAAUAAAUGAUUGGAGGUGAUUAUUAGGUUUGUUAAUUAAAUGAGCAUAAAUGUAUUAUAGCCGUCUUUCAAAUGAAGACACAAAUGAACUACCACCGCGCGCGAAGAAAGUUCCAUCCUCAACACUAUUUAAAAUGCGGCCAAAAAAAGUAAUUCUGUCACUGGGGAUCCUCCUGUUCGUCUACAUUGCGAUAUCCUUCAACCUGGAGCCGAUGCGCCUGGGCUCCACAGCAAUCGACAAUCUCGCAAGUUCUCUAAACCUCCAGAAACUGCAGUACGUAGUGAUAAUAGACGCGGGUUCAACGGGGAGCCGCGUGCUGGCCUUCACUUUCCACAAUUCAAUCAUCAGCGGCGACCUAGUACUGGACCACGAGCUCUUCGCUGAAGUUAAACCAGGUCUUAGUAGUUUUGCAGACGACCCUCAAGCAGGAAUCCAGACUCUCCAGACACUUAUCGGCAAAGCAAAAGCUGUAAUUCCUGAGUCCGCUUGGCCGCACACUCACGUCAGUAUGAAAGCCACCGCAGGGCUGCGACUCCUUCCCCGUCACAAAGCCGACAACAUAAUAGCAGAGUGCACGAAAUUCUUCAGCCAGUCCGGGUUCCUCACCACCAAAAACUCCGUCUCCAUAAUGGAAGGCGUCGACGAAGGAAUCUACGCCUGGUUCACCGUAAAUUUCCUCACUGAAAGAUUAUCAAGUUACCAAUUCGACAAAACAGCAGCAGUAUUAGAUCUAGGCGGCGGGUCAACUCAAGUGACCUACGCUCUGGAUGACGAAGACCUCAAGACAAUUACGAAACAUUACUACACAAUAACUGCCUUCAAUCGCAACAUGACUCUCUACACUUACAGUUACUUGGGCAUGGGUCUGAUGGCUGCACGCAAAGGAAUUCUUACUGGGGUAGGUCAUCACCAGGAGAAGGAGAAGGAGCAGGAUCUAAAAGAUUCAGAAGUGCUGGUGAGAUCUGAGUGCAUAAAUCCAAUCGUAUCUGCUGGCUGGAGCUACGGAGGCGUAAAUUACUUGGUCAAAGGACCGGUCAAUGGCACGCACAAGAAAAUCAAAACUCCGGGCGGCGCUGUCACUGAAGAAGACAGACCUGUUGUUAGAGUUAAUGAGUGCAUGAAAGUCGUUAAGGAUUACAUUGACACUAUUGAUGAGAAACCUGUGGGAUUGGCUAAGCAUAAUAUCUAUGCUGUUUCUUAUUACUAUGACCGCGCUACUGAGGCAGGAUUAAUAGAUCCAUUUAAAGGAGGCGUUAUAACUUUGCAAUCAUUUCAUAAAAAACUUAUUGAAAUAUGUAAUUAUCCAAAUACUGAUCAGCCAUUUAUGUGCCUAGAUAUGACGUUUAUUUAUGUACUAUUACACGACGCAUUUGGUCUUGAUCAUGCGACUAAAUUAAAUCUUUACAAAAAAUACAACGGACAUGAGCUAAGCUGGAGUUUAGGCGCAGCUUUCAGUCUCCUUGAUAGCGAAUGAUGUCAAGCUCAAAAUAGACAAAUAAUUAUUUUAUAGAAAAUUUUUACUCAUACAUUCGCAAGUACAAUUAAAUAUAGUAAAAUAAAAUCAAGUGUCUUUAUAAAGUUGUACAAUUAAAUCAUGUUUUUUUUUUGUAUUAAAAAAAAAAUGUUAGUGCCUUUGUAAAUAAAUUUUUA